AUGGAGAGAGUUUUUCAUAGGGGUGGUGCUCGUGCUGCACUUUUCCAGGCCAGUGCGCGCAUGGCAGACACUGGAGUUCUGGCGCCAUGUGCAACGAGCCCUCGUGCUGCCAACGCUGACGCCGCCCUCCCCACCGUCAUGGAGCAACACGCCUCAGCCUCUCACUGCCUCGCUGCCUUCUCUGCCCCUCCCUCUUCUCUUCCAUUCCCCACUCCCCCCAGGCCACAAGUUCCCCUGCUGCCAACGCGGACGCCUCUCUCUCUCCUACACCGCUCCUCCCACCAUCAUGGAGCAACGCGCCUCAGCCUCUGCCUUCCUUUGGCUACACCCUCCGCUACUGCCAACGCGGACGCCUCUCUCUCCUACACCGCUCUUCCCACCAUCAUGCAGCAACACGCCUCAGCCUUGGGCUUCCUCUGGCUGGACGACGAUGCAGUAUUGAACUACUGGGCUGUUGCUGAUACCCCUCUGGAUAAG